GGUCUUGUCAAUUUCCAUCCCCUUCAACUCACCAAACACUGUUCAAGGUACGACCUUUAUCAAGGUAAACCAGGACGCCCAAAGUUUCCUCAACUUUUCGCACGAUCUCUUCACUUUCUCGUGUCAUCAACAUCAAAAACUUAAGUCACCAUGUCCGCCGCUAUCGAUAGUGUUACCGCCCAGAUGGCCACCACCUCCCUCGAAAACACCGAGACCGCUGGCACCCAGCCCAACGCAGCCGAGAACGAGGCUGUUAUUGCUAGCGCCGCCGAGGGUAGGAGACUCUACAUCGGAAACCUCGCUUAUGCGACCUCUGAGGGGGAGUUGAAGGACUUCUUCCAAGGCUACUUGGUCGAAUCCACCACCAUCCCCACCAAUCCACGCACCUCCCGCCCCGUCGGAUAUGCAUUCGUUGCUCUGUCAACCCCCUCCGAGGCCGAACGUGCUAUUGCCGAACUCAACGGCAAGGCUAUUCUCGACCGCAAGGUGUCUAUUCAGCUCGCUCGUACCCCCGAAGCUCAUGCUGAGGGCUCUGGUAGCGGCGCAGAGGGUGCAAGUGGAACAGAGCAUCGCCGUCGUGCGUCGACUCGCGGUCGGGGCCGCGGCCGUGGUCGUGGUGCUCGCACUGGACGCGGCGGACGCUCAAAGACGGAGACCGGUGAAGGCGCCGAACACGUCGAGGGAGAGGCCACUGCUCCUUCCGACAGUGCACCCACUAAUGUACCUGGCCAAGUCACCCCACUUACCGAAACGACGAACGAAGCGCUUACAGCUGAGAAGGGUGCCGAGGGAACGACUACUCUCUCCGCCAAGAAGCCUCACGUCCCCCGUGAGCGCAAGCAGCGUGGUCCGCCAGAGGAUGGUGUUCCGUCCAAGACCAAGGUCAUGGUUGCAAACUUGCCGUAUGACUUGAAGGAGGAUAGGCUCAUGGAAAUCUUCACUGACUACCAGCCAACCUCCGCCAAGAUCGCCCUUCGCCCUAUCCCGCGAUUCAUGGUCAAGAAGCUGCAGGCUCGCAACGAGCCACGCAAGGGCCGCGGUUUCGGUUUCGUCACUCUGGGUUCGGAGGAGCUCCAGCAGAAGGCUUGCGCUGAGAUGAAUGGCAAGGAGAUCGAGGGUCGCGAAAUCGCUGUCAAGGUCGCCAUCGAUUCUCCCGGAAAAGAGGACGAUCACCCCGAAGCUCAUGCUGAUGGCGAGGAGGCUACCCCGGCUGAGCCCGCUACCGAGACCCCUGCUACCGUCGAGGCUGCCGCUUAGACAGCUUUCCGGGCUUCUCGAAAGCAUGCGGGUGGAUCAUUCGGGCCUUGACUUAAUUGGCUUGACCCAGUAAUGUUCACGUAAUGCUGUGUAUGGAAAGUUUGGGAGUUACCUAUCAUACUAUCAUCAUAUCUGCUAGACAUCUCUGGGCAAUGGUUUACUUCGUCGUCGCAUAAUGGUCGGAAAAGUGAAUUCGGAGUCCUUUUAUGGCCCCGGCAGGAUCUGGGUAUGGUAGGACGGUUUACCUGGAAAGUUCGUUUUAGUUUCCCCUCACCA